CACUGAACGGGGAAAAGAAAUAAACCGAGGAAACCACAGUUAGAAGCUGAAAUUAUUGCAUAGUGAGUUAGGAUACCUGGAGAAAUAAUGAUUCUUCACAGCUGACACGUGAUUAUAGUUCUUUGUCUAGUAAACUCAUAGAAAACAAUAAAAUCAACAUGAUGGGAAUAUGCUCGUCUUGUUUCGGAAAGAGUAAUAAAUAUCUGGGACAAAGUCCGAAAGAGGGUUCCUUUCUUGAUCCGGAUGCGGAGAAAUUAAUUCCUAAAGAGAAAAUUGAGAAAAUCGUCGUAGAAGAACCAUCCAAAGAAUCUGAGAAUAAAGAGGAAGGCGAUGGAAAGGAGCGGUUGAUUAAGGCGGAAGGUGGAGAUUCAGGAACUUUUGAUGAUGAAUUUAGUGAGACAAAUUGUGUUUCUCCGGGUGUGUGCGGAGAAGCUAAUGCUGAACCUGGAGAGGAGGUUGGGGAAUCCCAGGAACAGGAUGAACCUGAACCCGGAGAACCUGAUCCAGUUCAACUGACAGUAUCCAGUAUGGGUAGUGGGUUUGUACUGGAGAAGGUUCCUGAGACUGCUGAGCAUGAUACCGACGAGGGUGCAGAUGAGGAAGGAGAGGGAGGGGAGGCUGAAAAUGCUCCAUUAAUUACGGAUACCUCUCUCACAGUGGUGAAUAAACCUACUCCUAAACUUCGCCACCACAGUUUCGGAUCCAGGACUAUACUUGCAGCAAACCCCUUGGAAGGUCGGAAACAGUUUGUGAUCUAUAAAGUUAACAGCAAAUCUCUUCUCAACUCAGGAAUAAAAUACGACGGAUCAAGACAGAGCUCUAGAAACUCUUCAAUCUCCGGACCUUCAAAGUCUUCCCUUCCUCCCUCUAGGGGAUCCUCGAGACCUACUUCAAGACCUCCCAGUAGAUCAUCUUCCAGAGCUCCUUCUCCAGACAAGGAGCAAGUCCAGGAGAUUAAACCCGCCGAGAAACCUACCCCUAGGUUCAGUAUUAUUGGUGUGGAUGGACCGGGACCCCAGAAAAAGAUCUCGUCUGAGCGUGGUAACCGUGAGAAAUCUCCUGGAGUUAGUUUUGCAGAGGCGGAAGAAGUUUUUGAUUUCGAGGAGAGACAAUACCAAACUGUUCAUGCAGGCUGUGAAAUCAAGGUGAAACCUAGCUUCCGGGAUAGAACUAGAUCCGGCCGGCUCAGCCGAGGAAAGUCCGGAAGUGGGAGCGGGAGCCGGCCAUCCAUUAUUGAUUGGCCGAUGGGCAAAUUUUCCUGGUUAAAGGAUCGCCAGAAAACAGGUUCCAAACUUGCAGUAUCUAAGCCCGAAACCCCUAAGCAGGAUGGAGCUGCAGUAGAUGAUGAGGUCACCAAGGGGUUAAAUGACUCCGACCUCAGCCCAAAGACUAGACCUAGAUCAACCUCCGACAAAUUUAAUCGUCCACCUUCUAAAAAAGUUGUUGAUGUUUACAAACAGGCUGCAUUUGACUGGCCCCUUGGACAGAUAGGGAAAAUUAAACAAAAAUAUCAAAAAUCCAAGACGGCAAGUAGAUCGAAAAGUGAUGCAAACCUCACCGAUGUCAGGAAAUGGAAACGGCGGGGUUCGGAACGGGGCGGAAAAUCGCGAAAAGUUGCUUUUGAAGACGAGCAAUCCGUUCCCUGGUGGAAUUAUCCGAUGAAACUGAUGAAGAAUCGAACCUCGGCGAGCACAGGAAACAUCAGGAGGACGAAGAAGCGGAGGAGGCACAGUACAGACCCAGAGUCGAGAGGACGAGGAGGAAUAGAACCCGAGGCUCGGAGGAGAGCUUCGAGUUUAAGUACUCCACACAGGUCAAAUAUAAAUAUUAUUAAAUUUUUUUUNACACACAUACACAUACAAUAUCCGUCAAAUGUUGAAUUCAGCAAUAAUAUGUUUUAA